AUGGCAAGCGGUCGAGAUGAGUGGGCGUCAUGGAAGAAAGUCUUGAAAAGGGAGGGCAAGAAGGGUUACACCCUAGCGCGAGACUCAUUGCGUGAAGGGUGGCGUGAGGGUUGGUCUUCUUCGUCCGAGAAGGUCACAUCCGACAGCGACACCCAGGAUGCGGCGUCGAACGGGGGAUCAGGGCACGAUCAGGAAGUCAUUCCGAAGCCAGAAGCCGACUUCGAAUACGAACCUCUUCCCGGCGAGGGCUUCAUAAGGUUGCUAAAGAUCGUUCCUGGAAAUAAGGAAGAAAUGAUCAGGCUUGAGUUGUCCACUGUCAUGCUGGACAACUCCUACGGCACCUAUGAGUCUUUAAGCUAUGUCUGGGGCAACCCGAAGCAGCCCAAGAAAAGCGUCAUCGUCAACGACGCCUCAAUGGAGAUUUACCAGAGCCUCCACACAAUUCUUACGAGUCUUCGGCCUUCCACUUCUGAGGAAGGUCGCGUUCUCUGGGUUGACGCAAUCUGUAUAAAUCAAGGCGACAUGAUCGAGCGCAAUGAGCAAGUUCCAAUUAUGGAUAGAAUCUACCAAAAUUCCUGGCGUACUGUUGUCUGGCUGAGAGCCGAGACUGAAGGCGGAGAGGAAUUAUUCGACAUGUUACAUGACCUAGCUGAGGAUGCGAAGGCUCUAAGGAAUUCUUCGACCACGAGCUCCUUGGACAAGGGAAAUGUUGGCGAUGACAUCGAUUCCGCCUCACUUCCAGCGAUACUCCAGCAAUUCCUGAGGCGCGAGCCUGUACAGAGUGCUAAGAGGGACCUUUACCUCGCCAGGAUGGACAUCUGGUCUAUGUUAAGUUGCGAAUGGUGGUAUCGAGCCUGGACACUUCAAGAGAUCUUGCUUUCAUCCUCGAUCAUUCUCAUCCAGGGUGACCUGAAGAUUGACUGGCACGAUUUCUGCCUUGCAGUCGAUCAUGGCCUGAGAAUGCACAUCUGGAUAUUUCUCGACUCAGGUACUUUCGUCGCUGAGGAAAUUAUCCCGUACCUCUCUAUCAAGUCUCUGCAGCUCCAAUUAGGGCUUUAUGGGGAUUCAACGCAAAAUCGGCCGGACUUCGGGGCAGAAGGCGUCCUUAAGCUACUAGAAAAGUGCAGGCAGAGGGAAUCCAAAGACCCCAGGGACAAGAUAUACGCCAUAUUUGGCAUCAUUAAAGCCGUCCAAAAGAUGCGGCCUCCUUCGGACGCUGUGCACCGAAUGUUCAUGGACCCGGACUACACUAACCCGGUGGUCUACGUCUACAGAAUGCUCACCCAGCAGCUCAUCGAGGCAACUGAGAGCCUGGACGUCUUAGGCGUGUGUCCGCCAUCCACGCGUAGAGGUCUCCCAUCUUGGGUAACCGACUGGAGCGUCUCUGACUCUUUCGCGGUACCCCUGACGCGUGACUCUCUAGACAGGCCGCGGCGCACACAUGCUGCGCGGGGGGCCCCAGCACGAGUACGGUUCCCCCCAGAUGCUGUGACUUUGGUUCUGCGCGGGCAUGAGGUCACAAAAGUAAAGGCGAUCUCAGAAGUUUUGACCCGAGUCCACUUCACUCUCGAGACGAGAGAAUCAAAGGACGAUUCCACGGACAGCGCUACAGGAGGCUUCCGUUCGACAGUCAAGGAGUUAUAUGAGGAGACCCAUGCGGACCUGCACGCCGAAGCGUCCUACUUUCACACCCUGCUCGAAUGGGAGAGAUUUGCUUCCAAAACGACGGCACAGAACCCAGGAGGAGAAGACCCGCAAUCGGUAUACUGGAAAACGCUCUGCGCGGGGACGUACGACCCAAGUGAUCCGUCGAAGACGGAAGCGAUGUACCAGGAGUGGCUGAAGGUGCUCGUGAACCUUCGAAACAACGAGAAAAGAUUUGGGUCUUUUUCAUCGAAGAUCAAUCCAAUGAUUUACACGAUGCAGUCCAUUUCAUGGAGCGUCGGCUUCCCAGAAUUUACCCCAUAUCUGGAAUGCGCCAUCGAGAGACGAUUUGGAUGGUGCGAAAACGAGUGGUUGUGUCUGCUCCCCGAGGGGGCCCAGAAAGAUGACAGGGUCGUGCUUGCAGAGGGCGGCAAAGUACCUCUAGUGUUGAGACCUGAUGGUGAUGGAUACUACAUGUUCGUGGGAGAGGCGUAUAUCCAUGGCAUCAUGAACGGGGAGGCUUUCCGGCCCGAGCUAUGUCAGGACAUAAAAGUCUGUUGA